AUGUCCAGAAGCUCUAAUUGUUUUCGAAAAGGAUUUCCUCUAAGAUCAUUCAAAAAAGAAUCGGAUUAUGCCAAAAAUGAAAGUGGCGCUCAGAUUCACGGUGUUAAGAAUGAUAUAGAACAACCACUAGAUGCUGAAAGUGCGUUAAAUGAGUCAAAUGAACACCGAUAUUUGAGAGCAAAAGCUAACGACAUAACUGAUCGGCGAUACGGCUUCGAAACAUUUGUUGGUCCUGGUGAGCGCAUUGGCUGGCUCGUAAACAUGCACCCCACUGAUUUACUAGAUGAGUCGAAGAGACUGGUCAGCGGCAUCGAUCUUUAUUUCCUUCAAACAGACGGGAACCGUUUCAAAGUUUCGAGACCUUAUCUCCCAUAUUUCUAUGUGCUGGUUCGUGGAGGUCAGGUCGCAGAGCGUGACGCCAACUCGUAUCUAUUGAAACGAUUCUCCGGUCGUCUUGCUGGAAUUGAAGUUGUUUCGAAGAACGAUUUAGAUUUGCCUAAUCACCUUGUUGGAAUCAAAGCAACUUACCUUAAGAUGUUGUUUUAUAGUGUGGAUGAGUUGGUUCGAGUUCGCAGAGAGCUAGCUGUUCGGAUCCGUGCAAAUCGUGAGCUGGCCUCUUCGGGAUCUUCUUAUACGGAUAUAUUAGCUGAACACUUCAGAAAUGAUGACUAUGGAAUUGUAACUAACCAGUUAAGCGUAAAGCAAAACCGUAGUGAUCCUCUUGAUAAUUUGUUUGACCUAAGAGAGUCAGAUGUUCCCUAUUUAACCCGUGUAUGCAUUGACUUGAAUAUAUUUGCUGGUUGCUGGUAUAUCACAACAUGUAAGCCUGGAUGCCCUCCUGAAAUUAAGCAUCAUGAAGAUACGGUGGCUUGGCCUGAGCCUGUGGUAUUGGCAUUCGAUAUUGAGACUACCAAAAUGCCUUUAAAGUUUCCUGAUCCUGCAAAUGAUCAAAUAAUUAUGAUAUCGUAUAUGUUAGAUGGAGCUGGACAUCUUAUCUGCAACAGGGAAAUCCUAUCAGAAGAUAUAGAAGAUUUUGACUACACACCAAGACCAGAGUUUCCAGGUCACUUCACUGUGCAUAAUUUGCAAACAGAAUUAGAUUGUAUUACAUUUUUCUUCGAACAUAUUCAGAGAGUUCGACCAAACAUAUUGGUUACGUAUAACGGCGAUCAUUUUGACUGGCCAUUUAUUGAAAUUCGAGCCGCUAGCUACGGGCUCUCCGUAUCCGAAGAAAUUGGGUUCUCUCGUCAGAAAGGUACUGCGGGCCCCGGAAGAGAUGGAAGUUCUGGCGAGUACCUAUCACGACCAGCAGUUCACAUUGACUGCUUAUGCUGGGUUAAGCGUGAUAGUUAUCUUCCCGUUGGAGCUCGAGGUCUUAAAGCUGUCGCCAAAGCUAAACUACGAUAUGACCCAAUUGAAGUAGAUCCAGAACUAAUGUGUCGUAUGGCUCACGAAUCACCUAGAGAGUUGGCGAAUUACUCAGUGUCUGAUGCAGUUGCCACCUACUAUUUGUAUAUGAAGUAUGUCCAUCCAUUUGUAUUCGCACUAUGUACAAUACUUCCAUUAAACCCUGACGAUGUUCUUCGUAAAGGCUCCGGUACACUAUGCGAGGCUCUUUUGAUGGUUCAAGCUUAUGCAGCGAACGUUGUCUUUCCCCACAAACAGACAGAUGGUGAAUCUGGACCUAACAAUUUGUUGUUGAGUGACUCUGGAAUUUCUGGAAAGUUUACGGAGGACGGACAUCUUAUCGAUUCUCAGACUUAUGUUGGUGGGCAUGUGGAAGCCUUAGAAGCGGGUGUUUUUCGUGCUGACAUACCCGUUAGAUUUCGCCUAGUUCCUGCAGCCCUGGAAGAAUUAAGAGCUGAUGUCAAACGUUGUAUGAGUCGAGCUUUACAGGCGGAGAUAGGUGCAGAAGACGAAGAUGCAUUGUUUAGUGUCAUAGCGAAGGAUAAUUUUGACAAGAUUUGUGGACAAGUUGAGGACACCUUACAACAAUUGGCCUCCACACCUAACCGAAUUGAAUGUCCUGUUAUUUAUCACUUGGAUGUUGGUGCCAUGUAUCCAAACAUUAUUCUUACUAAUCGACUUCAACCAUCAGCUGUCGACUCUGGUUCUGCUGCUAAGUGUGCUGACUGUGAAUUUUACAAACCGGGAAUAUCCUGUCAACGUUUCAUGCCGUGGACAUGGCGUGCAGAGCUCUGGACAGCUUCCAGACCGGAAGUUUAUCGAAUCCAUGCUCAACUUUCCCAAGAACGCUUUCCCAUUAAGUUGACUGACGCUAAUGAAAAGUUCGUCAAAACUGUAAUGAAAUCAUUUCACGAAUUAUCAAAGGAAGAACAAGCUGUAGUGGAGAAAAAGCGUAUCACGGAUUAUUGCCGUCGAGCUUAUAAACGUAUUCACUUAACCCGAACUGAAGAACGCCUUGCUAUGGUCUGUCAACGAGAAAAUUCUUUUUAUGUUGACACAGUCAAGGCAUUCCGUGAUCGUCGAUAUAAAUUUAAGGGUUUGACAAAGACAUGGAAGCGUCAUUACGAUGAUGCAUGUGCAGCUCUGUCGGCUGGGACAGGUGAUUCAAAUGCUGUAAAAGAGGCUAAUGCUAUGCUUGUACUGUACGAUAGCCUUCAACUGGCGCAUAAGUGUAUUCUAAACUCUUUUUAUGGCUAUGUAAUGCGACGCGGUGCUCGUUGGUAUUCGAUGGAAAUGGCUGGCAUUGUCUGUCACACUGGUGCUAAUAUCAUAACUAAAUCGAGAGAAAUAGUAGAACAAAUCGGCCGUGCUUUAGAACUGGAUACUGAUGGGAUAUGGUGUAUUCUUCCUGCAAGUUUUCCGCAAAAUAUUGAAUUUACUGCUGUCGGUCCAAAGCCAUCUCGUAUUUCGAUUUCAUAUCCCGGAGCUGUAUUGAACAUCAUGGUGCAAGAUUUUUUCACAAAUCAUCAGUAUCAUGAAUUAGUUGAUCAGGAGACUCUCACUUACAAAAUUCGUUCCGAAAACUCCAUAUAUUUUGAAGUUGACGGUCCAUAUAAAGCCAUGGUUCUACCUGCUGCGAAGGAAGAAGGAAAACGUCUAAAAAAGCGCUACGCUGUUUUCAAUUUCGAUGGGAGUUUGGCAGAAUUGAAAGGAUUCGAGAUUAAACGGAAUGGUGAACUACAGCUGAUUAAAAUAUUUCAGUCAUCUGUGUUUGAGGCAUUUCUUCGUGGGCAUAGUUUAGUUGAAGCCUAUUCAUCAGUAGCUAGUGUUGCUGAUCAUUGGUUGGAUGUACUUUACUCUAAAGGAGCUGAUAUGCCAGAUUCUGAAUUGUUCGAUUUGAUUUCGGAAAAUCGAAGCAUGUCUAGAAAACUGGAAGAUUAUGGGAGUCAGAAAUCGACAUCUCUAAGUACUGCUAGACGAAUGGCUGAAUUUUUAGGAGACCAAAUUGUUAAAGAUGCCGGUUUAUCUUGUCGUUAUAUCAUUGCACGGCAACCCGACGGUGCUCCAGUAACUGAACGAGCUAUUCCUUUAGCUAUAUUUCAGGCAGAGGGAUCAAUAAAACGUCAUUAUCUUCAAAAGUGGCUUAAAGAUUCGAAUCUUGAUGAGCAUACUGAUAUACGUGAAAUACUUGAUUGGUCCUAUUAUAUUGAACGCUUGUCGAGUGCUAUCCAAAAAAUUAUCACAAUCCCAGCGGCUUUGCAGCAGGUUUCUAAUCCAGUACCUAGAGUUAGUCAUCCUGAUUGGUUACUUCGUAAAUUAGCUGAAAAAAUGGAUACAUGUAAACAACGGAAGUUAACAGAAGUAUUUGUUUUAAAAAAUCCAGUGACAAAUAAACCUCAAGAACAAAUUACUGAUUUACCAGAUCUCGAAACACUAUGUUCAAGAAAUGACGAGAAAGUUAAGUCUACCACACCCAUCAUCACUCGACACCCCCCUGUAAAACGAUUCCGGUCACCUAACAGUCCUUUUAAAUCAUGGAGAGAACAGUUAGGUGAACCUCCAAACUUGGAUGAUGCUAAUACUUCGAAAAAAUUGACUGAAUGGCUGGCGUUUCAUCAAGCUAAGUGGCGUCUCCAAUUAGAACAGCGUCAAUAUUUCACUAAAUCUAUGGGUAAUACAAAAAUGAAUGGCGAUUCCAACCAUGGUUACUCAUUCAUACCAUCUGCUAAAAGACAGCGUGGUUUGGCCAGAUAUUUGAACCAAACUCGAGUAAAUCUAUUCACAGCCGUAUGGCAGGUGAUUGAGAUUGUCCCGGAUCCUGGGCAAAUUGGUCACUAUACACUAUGGGUUUUAAUUAAUUCACCUGAUUCUGGGUUAGUUCCUUCGCUAAAUGCUGUAGAUGUAACAGUAUCCAGAAAUUUCUAUGUUAAUAUGCGUACACCCAAACCCAAGGACUCUGGCCCACUCUUCCGUAAAGUAUCUGGCAAUGUAUCGAUGGGUAAUGAAACCAGAAGUGCAAGUGGUCUUAUUCUUCCCAGAAAUCACACAGUUUAUCAUCUAUAUGAGUACAACGUUCCAGAAAGUGUUUACACUGAACACGCUCCAGAAAUUGCUACGGAUUUAGCAAGGCCAGAUGUUGAAGGCGUGUAUGAACUUGGUGUUCCAAGUUUAUUUCGUAUACUAAUGAAAGUAGGAUGUUUGUGUACAGUUGACCGGGAAGCUUUUAGAAAUAAUCAACAUGGACCAGUUUCGGACGAAGGCAGUUUUAAUUUGGACCAACUAUGUUUCUGUUCUUUGGCCCAACAUCCAUAUUUAUCUGGUUGUGGUCUGAGGCACUUAUUCUUAUUUCACCAUCAGUUGCCUUCAGUAGGACAGGCCAUAACAAGAAAAGAUUCACAAAGACAGCUUUACCUUUUGAUUGUACCAUGGACUAGGUGUGGUUAUGUUUGUGUAAUUGAUAGUGCAAGAAUUAAUCAGCUACCGGAUUUAAAUGUUUUGUAUUUGAGACAACGUACUAAGUGUUUUCCUCAAUAUGAAAACGAAGAUUUCCCUCCGGAUACUUUAAAUUUUGAAGUGCGCACUGAAUCAGAUGCAGUUAUUGGUCGUCGAAUAGUCCAACGUUGGAUUACUGGGCUCUGUAAAAGUAUGGGUGCACGAGAGGCGAAUUCCAAGGAAGCAAACAUAACUAGCUCUCAGUCAGCUGCACCAAUUGUUAUUUUGCUCCAUUCUUCUCUAUCUGCUACACAACAAGAUAUCUCAAGCGGUUCUAAUGAAGUGAAUUGGCCACUGAAUGACGAGAUAAUUGGACGUCGUCGUAGCCCUCAACUGCCUGUUUUAUCGGAAUUUCCUGUAAUUCAACUUGGUGGUACUAUGGAUGAGGGUGAAAGCCAAAUAGGCGAUGUAGAGUAUAGCAUGGAUGCCUAUAGUCUUUUAAAUUGGCAACAAGCGGCUGUAAAACGGGGUAUUCGUUAUUUUUUACAGUCUGAAGCACGUCUCGAACGUCAGUUGGAGUUGGCGCGAUAUUUACACAUUCCUGUUGGAAAUAUACCAGUUUCUGAAGCUCCUUUACCUGUUUCGUUGACUCCUCCAAGUCAAGAUAUUCAACCUCCUGCCAGCUCUAUAAAUGCUAUUGAACUGGGUUGUGAUAUAUUUUACGCUAGACAUUUGGUUAAGCAUAAUCAUGUUCUUUGGUGUUCGUCCUCUGGUCGUCCAGAUUUAGGUGGGAAAGAAACAGACGAUCAACGUCUUUUACUUGAAAUGGAAGAAUCUGGAGUAGUUGAAAUCAAUCGACCUGGUCUUUAUCCAUACGUCAAUGUUGAAUUGGAAUUCACUAAUUUGGCUGUAAAUACUUUGAUAAUAGCGAAUCGUAUUCCAGAACUGGAAGGUGCUACAUUAUUGUCGUUCGACCGUUUGUCUGCUGCAGAUAGAACUCUUGAAGAGCAGUUAAAUCAAGGUGUUAAUUUAGGUACACAUAUUACAAGCUACGAUGAAACAGCUGCAUGUAGUGCUGCCUUUCGCAUUCUUCGUAACAUGGUUCUUGCUUGGGUUCGUGAUGUUACACAAUACCAAAAUCCGUUGGCCGAUGAACAAAUAAUUUAUUUUUACCAAUGGCUUCGAUCACCUCGUUCAUUAUUCUAUGAUCCUGCUUUAAGACGUACUGUUCAAAAAUUAAUGAAAAAAGUAUUUCUUAAAUUGGUCGAUGAAAUAAGUCACUUUCAUGUGGACGUAAUCUAUGCAAAUUUUAGUCGCUUAAUUAUAUCUACUCAUAGAAUUGAAUUACCUGAAGCUUUAGCACGCGUAGAUUAUUUUACACAAUUAUUGCGUACACGCCAAGGAACUCUGUUCACUCACCUGGACUUGCAGUAUGUAACUAGCUGGCGUCAGUUAAUUUGGAUGGAUUCAGCAAAUUACGCUGGUGUAAAGGCCUCUGUAGAAAAUCUAGUCGAUGGUAAAGAUGUUGAAUGGGGUAAAGUGUUAACCAUUCAACAUCAGUCUCAUACUUAUACUGAAGAUAAGGAAAACAAUAUAGAAGGACAACCUAAUCUUCCCGAUCCCGAGCUUGAUAUGCAUUGGCAUUUAGCACGUUAUUUACCUGAGACACGUGGUUUAAGAAGUAAAUUUCAAAGUCUUCUGGCAGGAUACCUUUUGGCUAUUUACAAUGCAGUUCGAAAUGAACAUAGACGUUUGAUUGAAUCCAUUAGUUGUUCUUUGAAUGAACCACACGGAUCUCUUGAAUUUGAUGCUGAUGUGAAUAAAGAUCCUAACUGUGUACAUGAAGCUGAAACAACACCAUACAAGUCAGACGCUACUGUCUCUCCUGGAGUUAAGGAAUAUGAAGAACGUUUAUUUAGAGAUCAAUUGGCCCCAGAGUUAUACAACCUAAUUAUUCGCCUACAACGGAAAGCUGCAUGGAUUGAUCCAGAGUUAGUGAGAAAAACUGACCCGUCAAUUGGUAAUAAUCGGAGCUGCCAAUUAAAUAAUGGUUCAAACAUACCUCGAAAUAACGAUCUUGUCAGUGCUUACCUUGCGGAAAAGUCAAUCGGUUCAGGCAUAGAGUUCGAUGCUACCAACAACAACAAAAACUCGAGUCCGAACUUAGUUCUACCUCUUUUACCGGCACAUCAGGCUAUUUAUACUUUAAAUUUCACUCCGCUUCUUGAUUUCAUCAAAUCAUUGUGUGAGGUUUUGAGUUUAGAGCCAUUCGCGAAGUUACACAUUGAAAGCAUUAGACAUGAUUUACUCCGCUUAAUAAAUGUUGGAGAAUUUUCACCUGAGGCCAUUUGGAUUGCCCCUCAUAUGGUUAGGGAUUGUCCGUUGAACCAAGAUCCAAAUAAAUAUACUUUUGAAACAACUGCUAUUCGUUCUCUACUAGUGUAUCUCCCAGAGGUUGCCUGCCCAACGUGUAAUUUUACACGGGACAUAGAUGUUUGUCGUGAUAUACAUGUUGUCUGGAUAAUGGCAUCUAUGGAUUCAAUGCACGUUGAAACUAGACAAUCAGGUUAUUGGGCUUGGAUAUGCCCACAUUGUCGUACAGUUUAUCCACGUGAUAGGCUAGAAGAAGCGCUUGUUCAACAGCUUGAACAAUUCUCACUUCAACAUUGUUUACAGGAUCUCCAGUGUCCUAAAUGUACUGUAGGUGGUGGGAUACAGGAGUUGCUGAUUGCAAAUGGUGGGUCAGUUGCUCAGUGUGCUGAUUGUUCUACGAAGCUGACACUAACUGUUCCAACUGGUCAUGCAGUUUAUCGUCGUUUAGAUGUUUAUCGUAAUAUCGGCGUACAUUUCGGUUUUGAAUACUUAGAACAAAUCGCUUAUUGGCUUAUCCAAGGAUUACAACAGUAG